AAAAAAAAAAAAAAAACCAUCUCUCGGCCAUGAAAAAACUCUUUGGUGGCAAAUCUUCAAAGGACAAGAAGCCUGCUGGCUCGUCCACUCCACCUACACCUGCUCAUGCUCAGGUUCAAUCACCAUCCCAUCAUCAACAACGUCCAACUAAUGGUCAACCACCAUCAGCCUCGGGUGGAGCAGCUGCUCAACCCGCCCCAACUGCCAUGGUCUUCACCUCCCUGGCAAGUGCAGGCCCACCUGCAACUUCACAAGGAGGAGGAAUGCCCCCGCAGCCACAUCAUAGUCAUCUCAACGGCACCAAUGGAUACGGUGGAGGUGGUGGAGGAUACCCACCCGUCAGCACCCCUGGUUCGGGCUACAGCUAUAACCAACACCAACCAUACCCAGGAAUGCCACAGCCUCAUGUUCACGGCCCACCAGGCGGUAUUGUCCCCCCGCCCUCAUCAAACCCAAUGUACCCACCAGUACGCCCUAUCCCUCCUCCAUCCUCUAAUACAUACCAGAGUCAACCCUACAAUCCAAACUAUGCCCCCGGUAGUGGAGCUGCGGUAUCGAAUCAUCAACAACAACAGCAACAACCAUUUGGCGGACUACAUCAACCAAGCCAACAACAGCAUGGCGUGCGUGCAAAUGGCAGUCGUCUGACAGGAGAUCCCAAAGAAGACUAUCCUAUUGUGAUGGCGAUCGAUUUCGGAACUACAUUCACAGGAUGUGCUUUUGCAUUCAGGAAAGACCCAGAGAUUCAAGAGAUCAUCACUUGGCCUAAACAGGCAUAUCAAUAUCCCAAAGUCCCAACCAUUAGCUUGUACAAAGUAGAUUCGCCAGAAUUUUUGGACUGGGGGUACCCAGCACGUGCAGUGAUGAUGACCCCCAAUGCCAAGAAGCAUCUCCUGUUGAGCAAGUUCAAACUGCAGCUGGAUGACCAACAGGAAAAUAUUGAACCAUUACCAUUGGGCAUCAGACCAUUGGACGCCAUUUCAGACUAUCUGGGCAAGUUCCACAGUCACGUUGUCAAGGAGGCUAUGAAGAAUUUUGGAUCUACCUACGACCAAUCUCAUAUUCAGUACUGUCUGACAGUUCCAGCCAUGUGGUCAGAUCGAGCGAAACAUGUCAUGCGUCAAGCAGCAAUACGCGCAGGAUUGAUUAAAGAGGACGAUCCGGCCCAUCGAUUGAUCAUCGUAUCAGAGCCUGAAGCCGCCGCUAUGUACUGUCAAUCCAAAGGAGAUCAAUUCAACCUUCAGAAGCAUGAUCGGUUUUUGAUCUGCGAUGCUGGUGGCGGAACGGUCGAUCUGAUUGUCUUUGAAGUCGUGGAUGUGAAUCCGGAAACGGGUAUUCGUAGUCUUCGGGAAGUCACCCGGGGUCAUGGCGCCUCUUGUGGCUCUGCGUUUUUGGAUGCAAAUAUGGAGAAGCUUUUAAGAGAGAAAUUCCAAAAAUAUCCUCUUACACCAAUGGGUUGGGGUACAAUCAUGGACACAUUCGUGAACCAGACGAAGCCUAUUUUCCCAGGAACAGACCCUGAAAUGUAUUUACAGGUCCCCAAUAUCCCCAACUUGCCAGAUGCGAACGAUUUGGAUAUUGGACUGGAAGACGGAAUGCUCAAACUAAUGGUCUCAGAGCUGCAUGAGCGUGUCUUUGACCCAGUGGUGAAGGAUGUCUUGGAUCUGAUUGAAUAUCAACUGUCGCAGACACACUGCGAGGCUAUUUUCAUGGUUGGAGGCUUUGGAUCCUCACGGUACUUGUUUGACAGGGUCACGGCCAAGUUUGCCACAGCAGGUCGCCAGGUUCGGGUACCACCUCGUGCGGAACUGGCAGUGGUCCGCGGGGCAGUCACGUAUGGUUUGCAUCAGGGCUCGAUUAUUUCACGUGUAGCACGUCGUUGGUAUGGAGUCGAUUCUGCAAUGGAUUUCGUUCCUGGCGUGGAUCCAGAAGAGAAGAAGACACUUUCACGCGAUGGCACAGUUCGCUGCAAGGAUCGGUUCUCGGUCUACAUCACACCGGGUCAGUCUGUUGCUUUGGGCGAGUGUGUGACCAAAAAGUACAUGACCUGGUGUUAUCCUCGCCCACUGGACUGCCCAUUGUAUGUCUCAGACUCUGAACAAGAGCCUCGUUAUGUAGAUGAGCCAUCGGUUAAGAAACUGGGAGAUUUCCAGAUCCCAAUGCCAGAUAUCCCUGGUAUGAUGCCUGGAGCCGAGGUACUAGUGGAAGUCAAGAUGCAUUUCGGAGAGACAGAAGUUCGCGCAGAAGCUUUGGUUUUAGGGCAGACUGUCACUGCAGUCUGUCAAUGGAUUGGAUAACUUCGGUAGUAAAAUCAACAGACA